AUGGAGGUAGGUUUAGCAUAUCUUACAGCCUCACAAUCAACAAGCAGCCCUCUAUGUUUCUCUAAUCACAGCAGUCUCAUUAACAAGAAUCAGUUUCUUUUACCAAUCUCCAGCGACAAUAGCACUACAGUUAGUGUUAGCAGUAAAAGAAGAAAACCCAUUUGUGUUAAGGCUUCGAAGAGAUCAUUUGAUGCUAAAACAGCAAGACAGACUCUGGCUACCAACUGGGAUGUUACAAAGUUCUCAUCUUUUGCUAAUUCAGCUCCUACUUUGCCAAAAUUUGAGGAGUUGGAUACUACCAACAUGCUUCUCCGUCAAAGAAUCAUUUUUUUGGGCUCUCAACAUAUUAAUUUUGGUAAUGAUGUUGGAACAGAGCAUAUUGGUUUUGGUAAAGAUGUUAGAACAGAGGUGGAUGACGUGACAGCAGAUUUUAUCAUCAGUCAGCUAUUAUUUCUGGAUGCUGAAGACUCAACAAAAGACAUCAAAUUGUUUAUUAAUUCACCUGGGGGUUCUGUUACUGCUGGACUGGGAAUAUAUGAUGUGAUGAAAAUGUGCAAGGCUGAUGUUUCAACUGUUUGCCUUGGGCUUGCUGCAUCAAUGGGAGCAUUUCUUCUUGCUGCUGGUUCCAAAGGCAAGAGGUUUUGCAUGCCCAAUGGGAGAGUGAUGAUUCAUCAGCCGCUUGGAACUGCUGGAGGGAAAGUUUCUGCUAUUGAGAUUUUCUUUGUAAAUAUGAAUUUGAUGAUUGCACUGGCUUCUGAGAAUGCAAAAGCAUCAGAAAUGAGCAUCCGGAUUAGAGAAAUGAGUUACCACAAGAUUAAGCUGAACAAGAUAUUAUCAAGAAUAACAGGGAAGCCUUUAGAGCAGGUUGAAGUUGACACUGAUCGUGACAAUUUCAUGAAUGCUUGGGAAGCUAAAGAGUAUGGGUUGGUCGAUGAAGUUAUUGACGAUGGUAAGCCAGGACUAGUUGCACCGGUUACUGAUGCUUCACCUCCACCAAAAACUCGGGUGUGGGAUCUUUGGAAAAUUGAAGGUAGCAAGAAAGCUAGGAAUAAUUUACCUUCAGAGCAUAAAAUGUUACAGAAUGGAUAUGCUGGAGGAGUUGAUGAGGAUCGAGGCACGGGCGAGGAAAAAGAAACACCUACUCCUGUAUAA